CGCGAAAAACCUUAACUCUCUUAAAAAAUCCCCAAAUUGAAAUCGCGAAGAAAAUCCCCAAAUCGAACCCACAUAACUUCAUUUAGCGAAAGGACCAUCUCAAAUUUUGCAUAUAUAACCAUCAUGAGUCUUCUCAUAAGGCAUCAAAACAAAAAUGGAGCUUGAGAUCACGGUGACUUCUCAGGAACUCAUCAAGCCUUCUUCUCUUAGCAUUAAUCAUCUUCCUUACCACUAUCUCUCUUUCCUUGAUCAAAUUGCUCCUUCCUUUUUCAUGCCUUUCCUUUUCUUUUACCACAACAAGCGGAAUCUCUCAGACAGAGAACGAGCUGAUCACAUCAAGAGUUCUUUGUCUAAAAUAUUGAAUCUCUUUUACCCCUUGGCAGGACGAAUCAAGAACUCGGGUAACGUUGUUCUGUGCAACGAUGUGGGUGUGUCUUUCGUUGAAGCCAAAGCCGGUUGCAACAUGUCACAGAUUCUAGAAAACCCUAAUCCCUAUGAACUCGACAUGUUCCUCCCUUUCAAGUUUGACGAAGUGGGUGACGUGCCUCUCAAGAUUCAGCUCACUUUCUUUGAAUGCGGCGGCUUAGCUCUCGGUAUAGGCCUCUGCCAUAAACUCUGCGAUGCCAUGUCCGGUCUCAUUUUCAUCAGAAGUUGGGCAGCUUUUGCUCGCGGACACACUGAUGAAAUCGUCACUCCUUCUUUUGAUAUGGCCAAGAUGUUUCCUCCACGCGGCACGGAAGAGUUAAACAUGGCUACAAGUAUCACGAACGAGAACAUGGUCACCAGACGCUUCGUGUUCUCGAAAUCCUCUGUUGAAUCUUUAAGAGCCAGAUUCAGUGGAAACAAGAAGUUUCGCGCCACACGUGUUGAGGCCCUAUCUGCAUUCCUAUGGAGCCGUUUCGUGGCUACAAUAAACCGAGAUGGUAAAACCGAAAAGAUAUAUACAUUGAAACAUACGGUGAACUUGCGUAGAAAAGCAGAUCCGUUCAUACCAGAUCACAUGUUUGGGAACAUACGGAGUUUCUCAGUUACUGUACCUAAGAUGAUAAUCAAUGAAGAUGACGACGAAUCAAAGCCUUCUCUUGUGGAGCAGAUUAGAGAGGAUAUCAGAAAGAUUGACGCAAAGCACGUGAAGAAAAUUCAAGAAGAUAGCAGAGCACACCUUGAGUUUCAAAACAGACAAGUUUCAGGUUUCGUCAAAGGAGAGAUUGUGCCUUUGAGCUUCACGAGCCUCUGCAACUUUCCAGUGUAUGAGGCAGAUUUCGGAUGGGGAAAGCCUUUGUGGCUUGGCUCUACUAGAAGGAACCGCAAAAAUCAGGUUGUUUUCAUCGAUACUAAGGAAGGUGGUGGCAUAGAAGCUUGGAUCAACCUUGACCAGAACGAUAUGUCUAUGCUUGAAUCCGAUGGGGAAUUGCUUCGUUAUGUCUCUUCAAACCCAAGUGUGAAUGUCUCUGCAUCUCGAGAAACAUGUAAUCAAUAAGUUGUUUAAUUUCCAGUGAGUUUGAGUUUGUUUUUUUUUAUUUUGACUUUGUCUACUUGUGCCUCUCUUUUAAUAAAUUUAUAGUUGCAUGG